CUCCGAGCCUCAGUUACCUCACUGAUGAACAGGGAGAACUACUCCCUAAGGCUAGUUCUGGAUCCUCUGAGAGCUGGUAGUUCCAGGAUUCGGCUUAGAAUGACAUUGGGAAUGGAGUUGGCAUCUCCUCUUCAGGCCAUGUCUUCCUACACAGCCAUGGGCAGGAAUGUUCUCAGAUGGGACCUUUCUCCAGAGCAGAUCAAGACGAGGACAGAGGAGCUCAUAGCAGAGACCAAGCAGGUGUACGACACCGUGGGGACAAUUGACCUGGAAGAAGUAACUUAUGAGAACUGUCUGCAGGUGCUGGCUGACAUAGAAGUGAAGUACAUAGUGGAAAGAACCAUGCUGGACUUCCCUCAGCAUGUGUCGUCUGACAGAGAAGUGCGGGCUGCAAGCACAGAAGCAGACAAAAGGCUUUCUCGUUUUGAUAUUGAGAUGAGCAUGAGAGAAGAUGUAUUCCAGAGAAUUGUUCAAUUACAAGAAACAUGUGAUUUGGAGAAGAUAAAGCCUGAAGCCAGGCGAUACCUGGAAAAGUCAAUUAAAAUGGGAAAAAGAAAUGGACUUCAUCUUCCAGAACAUGUAAAAAAUGAAAUCAAGUCAAUGAAGAAGAGAAUGAGUGAAUUGUGCAUUGACUUCAACAAAAACCUCAAUGAGGAUGACACUUCCCUUGUAUUUUCCAAGGUUGAACUUGGUGCUCUUCCUGACGACUUCAUUGACAGUUUAGAAAAAACAGAUGAAGACAAGUACAAAGUUACCUUAAAGUACCCCCACUAUUUCCCUAUCAUGAAGAAAUGCUGUGUCCCUGAAACUCGAAGGAAGAUGGAAAUGGCUUUUCAUACCAGGUGCAAACAGGAAAACACCAUAAUUCUGCAACAGCUCCUCCCGCUGAGAGCACAAGUGGCCAAACUACUCGGCUAUGACACCCAUGCUGACUUUGUCCUUGAACUGAACACUGCAAAGAGCACAAGCCAUGUGGCAACCUUCCUAGAUGAUUUAAGCCAGAAAUUAAAACCCUUGGGUGAAGCAGAACGGGAGUUUAUUUUGAACUUGAAGAAGAAGGAAUGUGAAGAGCGAGGUUUUGCAUAUGAUGGGAAGAUCAAUGCAUGGGACCUCCAUUACUACAUGACACAGACAGAGGAGCUCAAGUACUCUGUGGAUCAGGAGUCCCUCAAGGAAUACUUUCCCAUUGAGGUGGUCACUGAAGGCUUGCUAAGCAUCUACCAGGAGUUGUUGGGACUUUCAUUUGAGCAAGUGGCUGAUGCUCAUGUUUGGAAUAAGAGCGUUUCACUUUACACGGUGAAGGAUAAAGCUACUGGAGAAGUGCUGGGGCAGUUCUACCUGGACCUCUAUCCAAGGGAAGGAAAAUACAACCAUGCAGCCUGCUUUGGUCUCCAGCCAGGCUGCCUUCUCCCUGAUGGCAGUCGGAUGAUGUCUGUGGCUGCCCUGGUGGUCAACUUCUCUCAGCCCGUAGCAGAUCGGCCCUCUCUCCUGAGACACGACGAAGUGCGAACUUACUUCCAUGAGUUCGGUCAUGUCAUGCAUCAGAUCUGUGCACAGACUGACUUUGCACGAUUUAGUGGGACAAAUGUGGAAACUGACUUUGUAGAAGUUCCAUCACAAAUGCUCGAAAACUGGGUGUGGGACAUUGAUUCCCUGCGAAAACUGUCAAAACAUUAUAAAGAUGGACACCCUAUCACAGACGAGCUGCUGGAGAAGCUUGUGGCUUCGAGACUGGUCAACACAGGUCUUCUGACGCUGCGCCAAAUUGUUUUGAGCAAAGUUGAUCAGUCUCUCCAUACCAAUGCGUCGCUGGAUGCCGCGAGCGAAUAUGCUAAAUACUGCACAGAAAUUUUGGGAGUUGCAGCUACGCCAGGCACAAAUAUGCCAGCUACUUUUGGACAUCUGGCAGGAGGGUAUGAUGGCCAAUAUUAUGGAUAUCUUUGGAGUGAAGUCUUUUCCAUGGACAUGUUUCACAGCUGUUUUAAAAAAGAAGGGAUUAUGAAUCCAGAGGUUGGAAUGAAAUACAGAAACCUAAUCCUGAAGCCUGGGGGGUCCCUGGACGGCAUGGACAUGCUCCAGAAUUUCUUGCAACGUGAGCCAAACCAGAAAGCAUUCCUAAUGAGUCGAGGCCUGGAUGCUUCAUAAACCAGGGAUCCUGGGAGCUGUCCAUGUCUGGAGGACAAGUCAACACCGCCAUGUGGUGCCGGCCUGGAGACUGAAGGGAAUCUUACAAAUGAAAACUUAGAUUUCUAUUGAUUUGCUUUUGUUUUUUAAUUUUAAAAAUUAUACAGAUGUAAAUGGAAUUAUAAAUACUGUGACCUAAGAAAAGACCCACUAAAAAUAAUUGUACUAUAAAGUUUCAUAAAAACAGAUUUGAUUUCUUUUGAUAAAAGUUUCAUAUGAAUGUAAUUUGAUUUUUUUACUGUUAUAAUCCAGAUAAUAUAAUGUAAGAGGGCUAAGACAUUUUAAAUUGAAUCACAUACAUGAUAUAAUUUGAUCCUUCUUAUAUCUUGAAGUUUUAUACUUGAGAUUUCUGGACUGAUAAAUGAAUCAUCACAUUCUCUCUGGUAAAUAUUUUCUCAGAGCCCUGCGUCACCCUUGACCCUCUGCCUCAGAGCUAAGCGACAGUCUGCCUGUGUAUGUCAAGGCCAGCAGGACGACAGUCUGCCUGUGUGUGUCAAGGCCAGCAGGACGACAGUCUGCCUGUGUGUGUCAAGGCCAGCAGGACGACAGUCUGCCUGUGUGUGUCAAGGCCAGCAGACACUGUUUGUCUUAUGUAGUGAGCUUCAUGAUUCUCGGCUUUCUAUCACACUUAUAUAUCUCCACUUAGAUUUGGGUAUUUUUUCUUUCUAAAGUUUAAUUUCUAAAGUUAAUAAUAUUAUUAUUUAGAUAAUGUUUUUAAUUUUGUUUUAACUGGCGUAAUAUGUAAGUUUUGUAUCUUGCACUAGAAGUUCAAAUGUCGUCUUCGGUUGCAGUCACUGUAAGAAAAGCUAAGGAACUCAGGCAUCUUUUGGGUUCUUGUUCCUUUUAGUAUUUGCUAUGUAUUUGUUUCUGCUUAUUUUGCUUAUUUUUUUAAUUUUGUUUGUUUGAGGCCACCAACCCACCAUGGAGCCAAAUUAGCCUAGAACUCAUGGUAAUUCCCCUGUUUCGGCCUCCGAAGCCUUAGGGUUACAAGUGUGAGCUGCCUCAGUCAACUCAGUUCUCAUGUUUCUAAGAAGGAUUCUGACCCUGCCUCCCUGAAAGUGGUAGGUAGAGCCUGUAGUCACAGUGUGUUGACGUGCCAGGGGGAGAGAUGACACUCACUGGAACAUAGUUUUUAAAAGUCCAGAAGAGAGUGGGUUGGAGCAGAGCGUUUGAGAUCAGCUGCUCGCAAGUGUUCCAUGGGAAAAGGCCCUUCAGCUGCCUCUUUCAUAUGGCCACUGUUAAGUGAACCUCCAGAUCUCUAACUGCUUUUAUUGAGACCUAAGUUUCCAGCUCAGCAGCAGAAUAGAGAGCUCACAGCAUUAUUUUAGCCCUGGGAGUCUACUCCAAAAGGAAGCCAAAUAGGACAGAGAGGAGAAAAUGUAAAGGAGCUGUGAACGCACUUUCCACCGGCCUUUGAGUUCUUUCUCAACACAUACCUGAGGAAUGACUUUCCUGGCAGGCAACGAAAUUAGACCCUGUCUGUUCUUUAGACCAAGUGGACUUUGUGUUAAGUAAAAUAUUAUGUCCUGUAAUAAAGUUAUACAGAGUACCAAGAGCUGGUACACAGCAGGGAAGCCCUUUGUUUAUGUAGUUUGAUUUGAUAUUUGCAGGGCUAGGCGUCUAACCUCCGGCUUCCUCACCCAUGCCGGCAAGCGCAGUGCUCUCCCAGCUGUUUUUAUGGUGGUGGUAGAAACCUCUGGAAGCUUCUCACAUCUGUCCCCACCCCCAUUUUUGUUUUCUACUUUGAGACAAAAAAAGGGGGAAAAAUUCUCUUCAGCUUUUUCUGUUAUUGCCCAGUGUGUCUCCUUCAAAAUAACUUUAUCAUAAAUCUUACUUUACUUGGAAAAUCUAAUAGCUGGGGUGUAGAAGACUGCACACAAUAAAGUUACAUCAUUGUCCAAGAGAAUGAGCUCACAUUACUUUUGUAUUUUAAUGUUAAAGCUUGUAUUUACAAGAGAGCAAAGGCACAGUGUAGUGUCUCAGCCACACAACCACCCCCGGUGUUGUGUUUAUAGGUAGAUGCCACCACAAUCUGCUUAGGCUUUUAUUUGGUUGAAUAUUCUUGCAUGUUCCAUUUCCUCAUAAGGCACAGGUUUGGUACACCUGUUCAGCUGUGUUCUUCCUCUGUUCUCAAGCUUUUCCACUGGCUAUUUGCAGAUAUGCAGAGGCUGCUCUAAAAUGUUCUUCCCGUGGUACAAUGUCUGCAGCAUUUGUCAUCAGAGAAGCUAUAUGCCUAAGAAAGUUUCAAAGAAAGUGUUCACUGUGUCUAUUGAGAAUCUUGCUAUCUCUGUUGACAUGACACCUUUGAGAGAUAGGACUGGAUAACUUUGACUAAGUGGAUUCCUAGCUAUUGAAUAAAGAGGGGGAAUUUCAGUUCCUUAGCAAAAAGCAAGAAACUCCACUAAAAAGAAUUAACUUAUAAAUAACAGCUGGAAUAGUUAUAUAUGAACAUGUUAUUAAAAGAUUCCUCUACUAAGACGAACAUAAAACAAAAUUAAUCAGAUCCCAUUGUCAGGUAGAGGUAAAACCUCACUGGGAUGGUGUUACUUGGCAACCUUCCGGCCAAAUUUCAGUCGCACCUUACUGUUUAGCACAUGUAGGGAGGGGCCUGUGGGAAGCACAAAGCCUUGGAAGAGGUUUGUAUCCAGGUCAGAAGUCCCUCUGGAUCCCAAUAUGGCUAGCUCCCAUAAGGAAUGAGCAGGCUUGUGUUAGCAUUACAGGUGUUUGGAAAACCAACAAUAUGGUGAUGACUUUGAAAAUAGCCCUCAAGAGGAAAAUUUGUCUAGAGCGAAUUCUCAUUGUUUCAAAUACUUACACAAUAUGGAAGAGCUGAUGUCAUGGCUAAUGAUGUUGAAGCUUAAAGGUACAAUUAAAAAAUAGUAGACCUCA